CAGAGGUUUUGGCCUUUUUGUUGAUGGAGGAUGAAGAGUUGAGACCAGAUGUCCUUACCCUUCUUCAUGACAUCUUUUCACCUAUGCCUCAAACUGGCCUCUUUCAAAUGAUUCAUAAAGACUAUGGCUGCAUGGUUGAUGCAUUGAUGAACAAAUGCUGUGUACACAAUACUGGGUCAGCCUCUCAAUUGGCAAUUCCAAAUAUCUUUAGUAACAAUAAAGAUAUCAAAGUUCUUUUGAAUUUUAUUGCAGGUGCAAAAUAUUGGCUAUACAAUGCCAAAGAUGAUCUUCAUAUUCCUCAUGACUGGCAUAAGGAUCACCACUGCAAAACUACCUUGGAGCUUUGUUGCUCACAGUACAUCUUCAGGUUUCUCUUACAGUUUCCUUCACAUCAGUUAAAACAACAUAAAAUCAUGAUUUAUGCUUUGCAAGAGAAUCUGAAAGAUUGCAUUCAAGAUGUUACUUGGUAUAGAGGAGAUCCAAAUAUGUGGUUCUACCACACAAAAUCUCUCUUGGUAAUUUUGAAGAAAAUGGGAAAGAUAGAUGAUGGUUUGGUGUUUGAGCAUCUGAAGGACUUCCUGCAGAAAAACAUAGAUCAAUCAUGGCAGUAUGGACAUAUUGAUACUACUUUUGAUGAUGAUGAUGAUGAUGAUGAUGAUGAUGAUGAUGAUAAUUCAGACAGUCUGAAUCAGAAUUAGUUAUCUUUCUUCCUGUAAUUUUAGUGUAUUUUCAAUUUCCUUCAAGUACAUAUUGAAUGUACAUGCAAUUUCAUUG